ACAGGGGAUCUGAAGCAAAAGAACAGCUUCGAGCUGGGGAAUUUCGCUCUUUUGAUUCGGCAGCUAUUGGAACGGACGGGCAGUCGAGAGAGAGCUGCUCAACUGCGCGACGGGCAGGCCGGGCGCUGGGAAUCGCACCGAGUACCUUGGGGAAGGAAAGCUGUCGCUGGGAUCGACGGAUAGAGGAAGGACAGCGAGCUCAGACGAGAGCGGGGUCGUGCAAUAGGAAAGGCACAAGACGAUGAGCGCCCCGGCUUGAAACUGCUUGGAACUGAGACGGCGGCGGCGACGGCGUAGCGAGGCAGACCAGAAUGACGACGGCAACAAUGACGACGAUAAAGAGCAGUCUGCAGGAGGAGGAAAAACGACGAAAGAAGAGUGAAAAGACCCGGCCGUUAGAGGAGGAGAGCCCCCGAAAAUCACAACAGCGCCGGCCGAUCCAGAAAGGUGCUAGACGAAACUCCCUGGUGGAUAGAGGUAAGAAAGGGAAAAGACGCAAGAGGAAGAGAGCUGCAGGCGCGAUGAAGAGGGGGAGGAUUUUUUGAUCGUGCCAUUGUUCUGGGAUUGGCGAGCAUUGCUGGGCCCGCGUUGCUGCACUGCGAAGAGGGAACGGUCCCCAUGGUGGCCCUAGCGGCAGC